GGAAUUGCCGCCGCCGCCACCGCUGCCUUCGCCGCAGCUGUAGGGGACCCGCGCGGGUGCGCAGAGAGAAAGGCUCUCUUUCUUUGCUGAAAGCUCCCUCGGAAAAGCUGCCACCUCCCCAGCCCACCCAUGGCGGAUGAAAUUGAUUUCACUACUGGAGAUGCCGGGGCUUCCAGCACAUACCCUAUGCAGUGCUCGGCCCUGCGCAAAAACGGCUUCGUGGUGCUCAAAGGACGACCGUGCAAAAUAGUAGAGAUGUCAACUUCCAAAACUGGAAAGCACGGCCAUGCCAAGGUUCACCUUGUUGGAAUUGAUAUUUUCACCGGUAAAAAAUAUGAAGAUAUUUGCCCUUCUACUCACAACAUGGAUGUUCCAAAUAUUAAGAGAAAUGAUUAUCAACUGAUAUGCAUUCAGGAUGGUUACCUGUCCCUGCUGACAGAAACUGGUGAAGUUCGAGAGGAUCUUAAACUGCCAGAAGGUGAACUAGGCAAAGAAAUAGAAGGAAAAUACAAUGCAGGUGAAGACGUACAGGUGUCUGUCAUGUGUGCAAUGAGUGAAGAAUAUGCUGUAGCCAUAAAGCCCUGCAAAUAAAUGGGAGCAUCAGGCAUGAGCAAACUUUUAGGUCUGGACCGACUGCAGAUCUCAAGUUUGGUUCUAAGUUGUCACCAAAGCUAUGGCCUUCAUAAGCAACCUCAUUUAUCUUUUAAUUGUUUUGACAUUGUGCUGAGUUAGUUUUUCAGGCAAUUGGUAAUUUAAAAAAAAAAAAGAUCAAGAUGUAUAAUUCUUUUUUUUUUUU